UAUACAUUUUUCAGACCGACUGUAGGUGUAGACAUAAUGUUAUUUAUUUAAUUUUGCUGUUGUGUACUUCUGUAGCAGGCCGUAACUAAUAAAAUUUAAUAUCACAUGUAAAUUAUCAGUGUUAUACUACUAUCAAAUAUAUAAAUAAAGCUAGAAGCAAACAAAUUAAGACUGUCGACCUAGAUAGUGUGUAUUUAUGGCUCUUGUCGCCUUGCUAUAGAAAUACGACAGCUGAUUAUAAACUUACUUUGAUUAUUAACUUUGACAAAAAUCUGAAUACAUAAGACAUUAAUUAUAAAGUUGGAACAUUUCUUUGAAUAAAUUAUGUCUGAGAGUGGAGACAGUGAUGCAUCUUGGAUUUUCUAUAAAGAUAGGCCAGAUUGGAGUGAUGUGACUCCAAUACCAGAGGAUGAUGGUCCAGCACCUGUAGUUGUCAUUGCCCACUCUGAAAAAUUUGAAGAUGUAUAUGACUACUUCAGAGCAAUAUUAAAGACCAAUGAAAAAUCUGAAAGGGCAUUGCUACUUACUAAGGAUGCUGUUGAAUUCAAUCCAGCAAAUUAUACAGUGUGGCAAUAUAGGAGAGAUCUUCUUCAAGCAUUAGGCACUGAUCUGAAAACGGAAUUAGAAUAUGUGGAAGCUGUUAUCAAACAGUCGCCAAAAAAUUAUCAGGUAUGGCAUCAUAGAAGGGUCCUAAUCGAGUGGCUUCAAGAUCCAUCUCUAGAGUUGGAAGUAACUGGUGAUGCUCUUCAACAGGACCCUAAAAAUUACCAUGCUUGGCAACACAGACAAUGGGCUAUAAAGACGUUUGGACUCUUUGAUAAGGAGAUGGACUUUGUGGAUACUUUAAUUAAUGAAGAUGUCCGAAAUAAUUCUGCAUGGAAUCAGCGUUACUUCAUUAUGAACAACCACCUCGGCUGGUCCGAUUAUAAUGUUCAGAAGGAAAUAUGCUACGCCUUAGAAAAGAUCAAGUUUGUUAAAAACAAUGAAAGUGCUUGGAAUUAUUUACGAGGAGUUUUGCUUCACGAUAAGCGAGGAAUGAGUGGUAAUGCAGUUGUGACAUCGUUUUGUGAGGAACUUUAUAAAAAUAAAUGUCGGUCACCAUAUUUACUUGCGUUCAUUAUUGAUAUCUGUGAGGAAAAUCUCAAGAAAGGCGAGACGAGCUGCGUGUAUAAUUCCGAAAGAGCAAUCGACCUAUGUCAAGCCCUGGCCACUAAGUAUGAUAAAAUAAGAUCCAAAUAUUGGAAUUAUUUUAGUGAAAAAAUUAAGGCAUUGCAAAAUAUUAAAACAGUAGAACAAAAUAAUAUGGAGGAAUAAAGUUUGUAUUCGAAAAGAACCUUGAAUUAGAUUACUGUGGUUAAUAAUAAAUCAAUUAAUUAAUGCAAAACUUUUUUACCGAGAUACAACCAUAGUAAAAUCAACACUUAUAAAAUUAAAUAUAUUUAUUUAG